UCCGUUAUACUUCGGUAGUAUGAUCGAAUAUUUUUUCGAGCGGAAUAUUCAUAGAAACAAUUUUGUUCUCUAAUAACUCUCUAGAAAGUAUCACUUCAGAAACUAUAUAUCGAUAAUUCUUAUCAACCAAACAGUUUAUGUUUCACUCCCUAUUAAGUUCUCGCCUAAACUAAAACCCACAAUUCACUGCUGGCAACGCUGUGCGAGACAUAUUGAAUAGCGCUUGCGCUUUCAAGCACGUAAACAAAAUAAAUACAAUAACAACCACAUUGAAUGACAUACUUUCGAGAGAGCCACAUAGCGAAAGAGAGAGCGCGCUCAUAUUGACAAUGCAGCACUGUGUUGCAACAGUAGCGACAGCGACAACAACAGUGUGGGCAGUGAGCGAAUGCGGCGAACAAAACGAAAUGUCAGAAAUAGACAAACGAGGCGAGCAAAGAAAAGCAGAGAAUAUACAUUUGAAAUAGCCAGCAAUAGGCAGUUUGUAGUUAUUGUUGGUUAUUGUGCUGCGGCGAGCGAUAGAAAUGUGAGCGAAUUUCGUGUCGUGUGUGUUUUGUUGUGCGACAAAGUGAAAAAUUGUUAAUAAACAAAUAGAAUUUGUGAAACAAACGAAAAACAUAAAUAAAUGCAAAAUCUGUACGAAAACGCGAAGUGUGUGGUGUGAAGAACGAAGGUAAAUAAAGCAAGUGUGACGUGUGAAAAGCCAGUGAAAAUUUGUGCCGUGGAAAAAGUGGAAAUCGCUUUGCUUUUAGUGUACUGCUGUGCAUACGUACAUACAUAUAUAUAUAUAUACAUAUGGGUAUGUGUGUGUGUGUGUGUGUGUGUGUGUAGGUUUGUGUAAUAAUGUGUGGGAAUAAACACACAGUGAGUUGUGCUCAUUCGCGUCUGUGUGCAGGCUAAUUGCUGAGCAGAAAAUUCUUUUUGGGGUGUAGGAAAAAUCUUUGUCUGCUGCCAAUAGUAAGCGAUGCAACCAUGCGAUGCAUUCACCGUCAUACAUACAUACAUACAUAUAUACAAGCGCAUCCGUAGGGAAAAGUACAUAAUACGGCGAGAACGACGGUGGUGCGGAAGCUCGCGUCUACGGCGGCACAAUAGCAACAACAACAGCUGUAAAAGCAAAGCAAAAGUCAGAGCAGCGACGCUGGCAGCGCCCGUCCAUAAUAAUAGCAACAAUGAAAGAAGUUACGAAAGACACGUUAAAAGGCAGAGCGAAUUGGCUUUUGAAAUGGAAUGAGAGCAUGAGAGCGAUGUUGCGCUCUUGCGCUCUCCACAACUGUCAAAUUGCCGCCGCGUGUGGAGGCGAAUAUAAACAAAACAAAUUGAUAACUGCAAUUGCAGGAGAGCGUAUGAUGAAGAGAGCGCAAAACUACUGCCGAGAGCGGCUGCAUACAAUGCAUUUUCCAACUCACACUCACACAUACACAAGUGCACUGCCUAAACGGCCGAGUCGGCAAGUCUUGGCCCUAAUAGCAAUGUACGAGUAUGAGCCCAAUUGGUAGUGAACAACGGUCGGUCGUUUGAACGGACAGCGGAAUAUAAACGUGUACGCGUUGAGAAACGCUGAAGCAAAACAAUAAAAUCGAUGGACGGACACAGUUGAAUAUUAUAAGCGUGUGUGUGUGUAUGCGGACUUAACUCUGCGCUGAGCUGCUGUUGCGGAUUUUUUCCAUCUCUAAACUAGCAAUGCGAAUUCGUACAUAUGCAACUACUAAAACACAAACACACACAUACAUGUGCAUGAGUAUGCAUUUAGCUGUAGUUGGCCGUCUGUCUGCUGCUGCUGCUGACUGUCCGAUAAACUAACUCGCUGGCUUCAACGUUUUAGUUAGUUAGUUAUUUUCGUUGGUCUCCGUGUGAGAGUCGCGCAGCAAACGUUCUUGCUCGUAUUAGUUGGCAAUAACCAUUUGGUGGCAUGCAGGCUUCUUCUAAUAGUUAAAAGUGUCUGCAAAAUGCAAUAUUUUUACGGUCCGAACCUGGUGAGCAGGCCAGCUGAAGUGCAUGCUAAAGUUUAAGUGCAAAAAAAAAAAAUACUAAAAAAACAAAAAGACAAAAGGAAAGUGACAAAUGCAACGAAGCUGAAGAAGCUAAUGUACAGUAAGAAUGGAGAAGAUAUGAAAAAAAUAUAUAAAAAGUGUGAAUUGAAGAUUCAGAAAAAGCAUAAAUAAAUUUUAUUGAUUCCACAUAUUUCAUUAAACAAAUAAAAAAGAAUCGCGUGAAAAAUGUGGAGCGUGUUAAAAGUUGAGUGCUUGUGUUCAAAAAUAAAAUUCUAAAAUAAAUUGCAAACAACUAAAGUUAUAUGUAUAAAGUUAAAUAUACAUAAAUAUAUGUAUAUCGUUAUAAAAUCGACAAAUAAAACACAUUAACUGGAUUAACUGUAACUCUAUUGAAACUAUCUCAAAUUCGGGAUUAAUGCAGUGCUCGGAAAUCUAUAUCGAAAGUCAAUAACAACGGCUGCUAGAAGAUUGGAAGCAUACCGAAUAAACACUUUAACGGUAAAUCAGGUGCACUAUGCAUGUCAAUUGCAUACUGUAACCGGUGUCGCCACAAAUUAACUGACGCUUUGCUUGCAAUGAAAAUGUAAAUGAAGCAAGAAUAGCAGGAAAAUGUUGCGCGAAGUUCGUCUUUUGCCAACAAACUUGAUUGCAAUAACCGCAAAAUGUGCAACAAUCAAAAGGCAAUUUGAAACCGAACGCCAGUGAAUACCGCUUGCUGCCAGGCCGCAAGCAAAUUAGGCGUCCUACAACAACAACAGCAACCGCAACAAAUUUUUAUCACGCGUCAUCGAAUAUUUUCUUAGUCAAACACCAGUUGCUUGAGCCAGCAACCCAACAUGUAUCGUUUAAAUGUGCAACAACAACAACAAUCUCAGCAACAACCAACGUCGUCAGCGUCGACGUCCUCCACGUCGAAUGCCAAAACAUCGACGCAAACGUCGACUGCCGGCGCUGCCACCGCCGCCACCAUCAUACCCAGUCACAUUUUAUUGCAGCAACAAUUGGCAGCAGCAGCCGCUGCCGCCGCGGCUGGCGUCAAUCAGCCACCGGCUACAAUUGCUGCAACGCAUCUACUCAGCGUUGCUGCCAUAGCCAGCGGUGAUGUGGGUAAUGCGCUUGACUUGAACGGUGGCCAGCACCAGCAGCAACGCGCAGCACUCAUCCACCAGCCGCGUCAAGCACAUGUGACACAUCAUCAGCGACUGCAUGUCAACAACAACCACAAUGCCACCGGCAUCAGCCUUGGUGAGAAGCCCACAAUCAUAACGAACGUCUUGGCCGCUUCGGUGGAAGAGAAAAUUAAAAUCAUUUCGACUGCCAUUAAAAAAGAGCCGCUGCACGAAGUCAUUGCGCUGACGAAGAACUCCGCAGCGACAGCAACGGCCGUUGCGGCACCGUCGUCAGCGUCUCUGACGACUGCCGUUAACAAUAGUGCGCACAGCAACUAUAGCAAUACUAGCAUUAAUCGCAACAGCAAUAAUACUCUAAGCAACAGCAACAAUAGCAAUAACAAUCACGGCAAUACGGGCCACAAUACGACACACAACAGCAACAAUAUAAUAGCACUCACUGUCAACACACUGCCGUCAACGGCAUCCUCAACCAGCGGUACUUCCAUUUCCGUUGCUGCCAAUAAGUCUUCUUCCACAGUGAGCGCUGGCGUGAGUCAUGCCAAUGCAACAACAAUAGCUGUGAGUCCACUGAACAAUGUGAACACCAUAAAUCUUGUGGUUGGUGGUGGUGGUGCUGCUGCUGCUGGUGGUGUUUCCGGCGCCGCUUCGACGAGCAGUGGCGUUGCGGGCGGCGGCACCUUGGUCAUCACAACUGGUGGCAAUCACAGCGCUACAGCGUCAUCCUCUUCCGCGGCAGCUGCAGGUGGUAAUGCCAGCGGUACUGCCAAUGGACAUCUUGUCUUUGUGCCCAAGCGCGCCCGUUUGGAAUGUCCUCCAAGUAAUGAGGAAUGGAUUUCAACCUCUAGUCCGGGUAGUGUGCCCAGUUCAGCGCCACCAUUGAGCCCAUCACCGGGUUCACAGAACCACAGCUACAGCGCGAAUAUGUCGAAUGGCUACGCUUCACCGAUGUCCGCCGGCAGCUACGAUCCAUACAGUCCCAAUGGUAAACCAGGCCGCGAUGAUCUCUCACCGUCGAGCAGUCUCAACGGCUAUUCGGCCAAUGAAAGUUGUGAUGUCAAAAAGAUCAAAAAGGGUCCAGCGCCGCGUCUGCAGGAGGAACUGUGUCUGGUGUGCGGCGAUCGUGCAUCCGGCUAUCAUUACAAUGCGCUCACCUGUGAAGGUUGUAAGGGUUUCUUUCGGCGCAGCGUCACGAAGAACGCUGUGUAUUGUUGUAAAUUCGGGCGCUCCUGUGAAAUGGACAUGUAUAUGCGACGGAAAUGUCAAGAGUGUCGCAUGAAGAAAUGCCUGGCGGUCGGUAUGCGACCGGAGUGCGUGGUGCCGGAGAAUCAAUGCGCUAUGAAGCGACGCGAGAAGAAGGCGCAAAAGGAGAAAGAGAAACAAACUACUACUGGCAAUUCACCGAUCAUAUGUAAAAGUGAAUCCAUUAAGAAUGAAAUACUCGAACUGAUGAACUGUGAACCGCCGUCGCAUCCAACAUGUCCGUUGCUACCUGAUGAUAUUGUGGCCAAGUGCAAGGCGAGCAACAUUCCGCCGCUCACGCGUAACCAGUUGGCGGUCAUAUACAAAUUGAUCUGGUAUCAGGAUGGUUAUGAACAGCCAUCGGAGGAAGAUCUCAAGCGUAUUAUGAGCACCCCCGACGAAAACGAAAGCCCGAAUGAUAUCAGCUUUCGGCAUAUAACCGAAAUCACCAUUUUGACAGUACAACUUAUUGUGGAGUUUGCAAAAGGUUUACCGGCAUUUACGAAAAUUCCACAAGAGGAUCAAAUCACGUUGCUGAAGGCCUGCUCAUCUGAGGUGAUGAUGUUGCGUAUGGCCCGCCGCUACGAUCACAAUUCGGAUUCCAUAUUCUUCGCCAACAAUCGUUCAUAUACGCGUGAUGCGUACAAAAUGGCCGGUGUGGCCGAUAAUAUUGAGGAUCUAUUGCAUUUCUGUCGGCAGAUGUACUCGAUGAAGGUCGACAAUGUCGAAUACGCGCUCCUCACUGCCAUUGUGAUCUUCUCCGAUCGGCCGGGACUCGAAAAAGCCGAACUAGUCGAAGCGAUACAAAGUUACUACAUCAAUACGCUGCGCGUUUAUAUAAUAAAUCGACAUUGCGGCGAUACGAAGAGUCUGGUGUUCUUCGCAAAAUUACUCUCCAUAUUGACUGAGCUGCGCACGUUAGGCAAUCAGAAUGCCGAAAUGUGUUUCUCAUUGAAAUUGAAGAAUCGUAAACUGCCGAAAUUCCUCGAAGAAAUCUGGGAUGUGCAUGCGGUGCCACCAUCCGUGCAAUCCCAUAUACAGGCGACGCAAGCCGAACGCGACAGUCUGGAGGCCAAUUCGACAGUUGUCGCCACCACAUCCACAUCAGCAGCAGCAAGUUCGUCCUCCGGCUCACCCACGGACAUGGUCGGCGGUGGUUUUGCGAAUCACUCGCCCAGCUCCACAUCGGUCUCAUCGAGCGCCAUCGGCAUGAACGGUGGUCUGUCUGCGGCGACGACGGCGGGUACGUCCAGCAUAUACGGCAUGCCACUCAAACAGGAGUACAUAAUGGGACCGGGCAGUGGCAUCGGCAUCGGCGGCAAUCUGACGCUGAAGUCAGAGCAUUUAAUCGGCAUGCAGUUAUCCGGUGAUCACCACAUGAUGGGCAUACAACUGAAGCAGGAGCACAUGAUGGGUGGCGUCGAUCACACGGCAUAGCACCACGCGCACGUGCAGCAACAGUCGCUGCUGCUCAGCGGUGGUAGCGGCGGUGGUGGUGUUGAUGGCCGCGUGUUGCACGACAACGAUGUCCAGAUGGAUGACAGCAUGGAUGGCGGCGAUGUCGUUGUGGUGGAUGCGAGCAGUGGAGUUGGUGUUAGUGCUAUGCAAGGGCUCGAAUGAGCUGUGUGGCAGCGCAGCUAGUGAGGCAGCGCAGUUGCUUGUGGUGCGCCUGUAGUGCACAUGUAGCGCCCGUUUUUAUUUGGUUUAAUAUUAAGCUUUCGUUUGUUGUUAAGCGGUGGGGUGCGGGCGCUACCCAGCUGCUGGCGUUACGCAAUGCAAUGCAUUGCGAUUGAUGUGUGUAUGGCAGCUAGACAUGCAAACGGGAAAAUUAGUGAAAUAGAAUGUGCGCGCGGGGUUAACGGCACACUUGUAUGUAUGUAUAUGGGGGGCGUGUACUCUAAAUUUUGUUGAUUUACUGUGCGCGCCAAAAACAAAAACUGCAGUUAUUUAGUGAUUAAGUGAGCGCGCGCAAGCGUUGCGGCAUGCACCAUACGGUGGUGGCAAAAACACAAAAAACAAAAAAGAAAAAUUAUAAAAAACACACACACACAGAUAGUUACAUGAGAGUAACGAGGCAUACUUGUAAAUUAUUAUCAAUGCUACUGUACUGUCGUCCGUUUGUAUUUAUAUAUAUAUUUAAACAAUGGAAAAGUUGUUGCACGCAGUUGACGUGUUUCGCGCUUGUUUGUUGCGAAGCAAAGUUGUGAAAGCAAAGUCGAGAGUAUGAAAACAUAUAAAUA